GCGCAGCCUUUAGCCCAGGGCCUGAUCCUGGAGACCCGGAAUCCAGUCCCAUGUCAGACUCCCCCCUGCGUCUCCCUCUGCCUCUCUAUCUCUGUGUGUGUCUCAUGAAUAAAUAAAUAAAAUCUUAAAAAAAAUAAAAAUAAAAAAUCUGACUUUGAACAGAGGCAUCAAGAAAUAGACCUUAAAUUAGCCUUCCUAAACUCGAUUGAAGGUAAAAAAUUACGUGGACAAUCUCAUCUAGAGGGUGUCUUUUCAAAAUUAUGUAAAGAAAGCCAGUUUGAGAGGCCAUACUUUAAAUUUUUAUUCAGCUCACAAGAAGUAUCAUUGUAAUAAUUUGCAUUAAAUUCUGCUUUCAAAAGCCAGAGAACAUUGUAAAUAAACAGUUAAGGUAGAUAAUAGAUCACUAUAAAUAAGGUAGAGAUGAGAAAGUUGAAAACAUAAGUAGUUAGGUUAAUAGAUUGGAGGAAGAUGUUGAUUUUUUUCUUUGAUGACAUUAAUUUUUGGAUUAAAUGUACUGGAGGUCAUGUGAUUCAGGGAGUGAAGGUUACUAACCAAUAUUGGUUUGAUUCCCUUGGAGCCUUAGGGAAUUAAAUGUCCAAUCAGAGAGAGAGAGUGUGGUAUGGUUUCCUCUUUCCUUCAUGUAAGUGUUGAAGUGUUGUGGUUAAUUUUAGGAUGCCUUGCAGGAAGGCAACUGCUUGCUUGUCCAUCAGGCCUUGCGCAAACAGCUGUCACCAUGGAAGUGGAUGGGCGGCAAGGCCCCGCGCAAGCAGCUGGCCACCAAGGCGGCCCGCAAGAGCGCGCCGGCCACGGGCGGCGUCAAGAAGCCGCACCGCUACCGGCCCGGCACGGUGGCCCUGCGCGAGAUCCGGCGCUACCAGAAGUCCACGGAGCUGCUGAUCCGCAAGCUGCCGUUCCAGCGCCUGGUGCGCGAGAUCGCGCAGGACUUCAAGACCGACCUGCGCUUCCAGAGCUCGGCCGUCAUGGCGCUGCAGGAGGCGUGCGAGGCCUACCUGGUGGGGCUCUUCGAGGACACCAACCUCUGUUCUGGUCUCGUCAUGUCUGGUCGCGGCAAGGGCGGGAAGGGGCUGGGCAAGGGCGGCGCCAAGCGCCACCGCAAGGUGCUGCGCGACAACAUCCAGGGCAUCACCAAACCCGCCAUCCGGCGGCUGGCCCGGCGCGGCGGCGUCAAGCGCAUCUCGGGCCUCAUCUACGAGGAGACCCGCGGGGUGCUCAAGGUGUUCCUGGAGAACGUGAUCCGGGACGCCGUCACCUACACGGAGCACGCCAAGCGCAAGACGGUCACGGCCAUGGACGUGGUCUACGCGCUCAAGCGCCAGGGCCGCACCCUCUACGGCUUCGGCGGCUGAGUUCUGACCUCAACACCAGGAAAUCCCAGUUUGCAACCAAAGGCCCUUUUCAGGGCCACCUAUCUAGUCUACAGAAAGAGGUGCUCACUUUGUACUGUCGCUGUGAAUUUCUUACUUCGGCAGAUUACACCUAGUUGGGUCUCUCCAUGUGCCCAGGCUACUGCUCCCGUUCUAAAUUUGACCCCUUAAUGCCUGUCAGUCGUGAGGCAUCCUGGGGGGGCGGGGGCGAGGGGGAAGGACCUGUCCGCCUCGCUUCCACUGAAUUCCAUCCAGAGGUUCUGAUCUUCCUCCAAGACCACCUAAUGUACACGUGCUAUAGGUCCACUUAAAAGGUGCUUUAAUCAAGUGCCUUAGUUUAUUAUAGGACAUAAUCUUAGACUUCCGAGGUCCCUUCAGUUAACAGGUGAUGGUUCUAUGGUCUGCAUGCAACCUGUCCUGACUGUGCGAGCCCAGGUUUUUAGGGUUUAAAUCCCACCUUGCCUAGUAGUAUCAGCAGACUAGGGAAAAAUUGCGUUGGUUUUCUAGUGAGUUCCCGCUUGCUUUCUUGUUCUUAGGUUCUUUAAGCAUGCCACAGACUGCCACCUUACCCCUGUAUCCUUGGUGUGAUCCCAGUGUGUUUGGUUUUGUGGAGAGUCUUAGAG